AUGUUCUCCGUUCGCGUCGCCCGUGCCGGCCUCCGUGCCACCGCCCAGCAGUUCUCCGUGCCUCGCACUGCCGCCGUCAACGGUCUGAGGACCUAUGCCACCCCGGCCCAGGAUGUCAAGCCUCCUGUCUCCCUGUUCGGUGUUGACGGCACCUAUGCCACCGCUCUGUUCACUGCCUCUGCCAAGUCCGCCAGCCUCGACCAGACCUCCAAGGCUCUCGCCAGCCUCGGUCAGACCCUCAAGGCCGACCGCAAGCUGACCACCAUCAUCUCCGCCCCUACCCUCACUGUCGCCGACAAGCAGCAGAUCGUCCAGGAGCUGCAGAAGGUUGCCGGUGCCGACAAGGGCGACAUCCUCAAGAACUUCCUCGCUACUCUGGCUGAGAACAACCGUCUCGGUCUCCUCGAGGGUAUCUGCGACAAGUUCUCCACCCUCAUGGGUGCUCACCGUGGUGAGAUUGAGCUGAACAUCACCAGUGCUCAGGAGCUCGACACCAAGACUGUCAACCGUCUCGAGAAGGCCGUUUCCAAAUCCGAGUUCAGCCAGGGCAAGAAGCUCAAGGUUGUCACCAAGGUCGACCCCGAGCUCGUCGGCGGUCUGGUUGUUGAGAUCGGUGACCGCACCAUCGACCUCAGCGUCUCCUCCAAGAUUGCCAAGCUCAACAAGGCCCUCACCGACGCUUUGUAA